CCCUCCAUUAUCUUCUUCUUCUUCUUAUCUCGCCGCUCCUGCUCCUGCUCCGUUCGCUCUCGCUGGGCUGCUCACCAGAAGCAUCUCGCGAGGCGGAUGUCAAUGGCCGUGCCUCUCUUCAACCUCGCUCCCGACCUCUCCGUCUCCAGGCUCUGCUUAGGAACUAUGACUUUCGGCGAGCAGAAUUCGAUGUCUGAAUCGUUCCGCCUCCUCGACCACGCCUUUGGCGCCGGGAUCAACUUCUUCGACUCCGCCGAAAUGUAUCCAGUGCCUCAGCGUGCCGAUACUCAGGGCCGGAGCGAGGAGUAUCUCGGCCGGUGGGUUAGAGACCGGAAAAUUCCUCGCGAUCGAGUCGUGUUGGCCACCAAGGUGAGUGGACCAUCUGGGCAAAUGACUUGGAUUAGGGAUGGGCCCAAGUGUGUGGAUGCUUGGAACAUAUCCAAGCAAUUGAUAAUAGGUAACUUAUUGAGAUUGAGGACAGACUACAUCGACCUUUAUCAAAUACAUUGGCCUGAUCGAUAUGUGCCGAUGUUUGGAGAGUCUGAGUAUGAUCCAACCCAUCAGUACAGAGCAAUUACCAUAGAGGAACAACUUGAGGCACUUGGCAGAGCCGUUGCCUCUGGUAAGAUUAGAUAUGUUGGACUCAGUAAUGAAACACCUUAUGGUGUCAUGAAAUUCCUCCACGUUGCUGAAAGAGUUCCUUCCUAUCCUAAGGUUGUGUCAGUGCAGAAUUGCUACAGUUUGCUCUGUCGAACUUUCGAUUCAGGGAUGGCAGAAUGCUGCCAUCACGAGAGGAUCAGCUUAUUGGCCUACAGCCCUCUAGCGAUGGGUAUACUUUCUGAAGUGUUCCCUCGGGAUACAUGGGCUUCAUCUUACAUAAAUUGGGCUUCUUCUCCAGGGAGGUAUUCAGAAGGAGAAUCAAGGUACAACUUGUCCAAUAGUAUCGUGACGGCAGCAAUCAUGGGGUACCUUAAAAUUGCAGACAAGUAUGGACUACGUCCUGUAGUAUUGGCAAUUGCCUUUGUUUUGAGACAUCCUCUGGUAGCGAGUGCUAUAUUUGGCGGGAAUAUUGGGCCAUUGCAAGGAUCUGAGGAAUUUCCUGAUGUUGGCGGUAAAGUUGUUGGUUCUCAUUCCAAUACAAUGCCCGAUGUGCUAACAACUUAA